AUGGCCAAUAUUCAUAGAUUAAAUGAUGAUGGGUUUGAUAGAAGACUGCGUUUAGGGUUUAGUAAUCCCAAUCAAAAUUAAAUAUUAGAUCCAAAUUUAAAAAUACCAUUUGUGAGUUAAGUCCCUCCUGAGGAGUAAGAUCCAAGAAAAGAGUCAUUUUGGUAGAUGCUGAAAAUAAACUUAUGCCCAUCAUUCAAAAUAAAUUCUAUCACAUUUUCUAUAUUAGUAAUUAAUUCAUUCGUAUUUGUCCUAGAAUGUUACUAAACAACUGGAUUUGGCUAAAGUCUUUUAGAAAUCAAUUAAAAAUCUCUCAUAGAUAUGGGUGCUGUAGUUCCUAUAGAUAUUAGAGAAAAAGGAUAAUAUUACAGAGUAUUAUUUGCGAUGUUUAUGCAUGCAAGUUUCGUUCAUCUACUGUUUAAUUAAAUCUCAUUAUUUAUUAUUUUGUCAGCAAUUGAAUACAGCUAUGGUUUACUAAACACAACCAUUAUUUAUCUUCUUUCUGGCAUCGGAGCAAACAUGCUAGCUGCUAAUUUUGGAAUUGAUUAUGAUAUUUAUGUAGGGUGUAGUGGGGCUGUCACUGGGUUACUCGCUUGUGUUCUUUCAUACUUCAUAUUGAACUGGAAUAAGUUAGAAGUACUUGGACCUAUGAGAGAGUAUAUAUUAUGUAUAUUUAUAAUGUUUAUGCUGCUUGCUUUCUUAUUCCCAGGACCUUCUUCAAUAUCAACUUAUUCAAACAUUGGAGGCUUUUUAGCAGGAUUGUUUUCAGGUCUAGCUAUACCCGAGCCAGCUCAGUAAGGAUCUUAUGAAAAAUAUGCAAAAAUUUCUGGCUGGGUACUACUCAGCACUUUCUUUGUACUUAUACUUCUCUCCUUGUAUAUUCAUUAAUGA